AUGUCAACCAUCAUAGAGAGUGAAGCCGCUUUCGAGCGGAGAUGUCUGGAGAUCAGAGGGGAUGGGUCCCUAGUGGCGGGGAUGGCAGGGCAGGGAGUGAAGACGUUCAGGUCUUUGGCCUUUGCUCUGGGCACGCCCCAGACCCCGCCGACAGAACUCGCCUUUGCUGAUUUGACAAAGAAGGUCUUCGGCUCGGGUGACGGGGAUCCUACAGUGGGUGAGCUUUCUUGCAUUCGCCAGCUGCAUUUCGAAGCAUCCACACUUGUCAUUCAGACAUACAGGGACAUGGUGAGUCAUGAGUCAACGGAUGGAGCACCGAUGAGGAAGCUCCCGCUGCCUGAGAAGAGAGCCCGUGAAGAGUCUCAGCAGGCGCGUCUGGCAGGUUUGGAGUUGGAAGGAGAGCUGGAUCCAGCUUAUCAGUUGGUCGAUGCUUGCAACCACCAGCUCGAGCACUCUGUCAUUUAUUGGUUGGCUCCAUCUAAGUGUCCUAAGAGAGAGCUUGAAGUCAUUGCUGGGUUCAAGGAGAAACCUAGCGUGCUGCAAGUUGAACAGAAUACGGUGAAGCUCGGAGGACCCAGCACCACGAUCGAGUGCGAUGCUUCUGAUGCUUUGAGGUGUCAGUGGGCCUGGCAGCGUAGGGGAUUGGCGUACGAUCAGUGUCGCAUGAUUUCGUACAACGUUCAUCAAAAGUGGGUGCAGAAGCUGCUUGAUUGUCUUUCGAUAGUUCCGCCACCGAACUUUGCAGCAGUGACUCUCUCGCAAUGUGUGCGGGCAGACAAGGAGAUGUUUCUUUUGAUGUCGCAGGAGGGCCUUGCAUCUUUCAAACAAGACGCUUCGGGGAAACUUCCUUUGGAUGCAGUCAUGAGCCGUUUGAUGUAUGAUCAGCGCAUCGGUCAGUUUUUGCUCCCUAUGCAGAAAACUCAGGUGCAGAGGGUCCCGGGCGUGCCGUCUAAGGAUUCUGAGAAGCCGGGACCUCCGGAUGGUCCUCCACCCAAGGUCCCGAGAGUUGCCACUGAGAAGGCGAAGGCUAAGGCGAAGGCUCGUGGUGGUCCAAAGAACAAGCCGGCGAGUCUUGCGCAGUACGAGACCCGGACCAAGUUUGGUAAUGCAUGCUGGGGUUUUAAUCUGGAGGAUGGUUGCAGCAAUAAGACUGAGAAGGAUCCGAAGUCAGGUUGGAUGAAGUGUGAGAAAGGGCUGCAUGUUUGCGCGGCGUGUCACAAGCCGGGGCAUUCCGUCCUUACGUGCAAGUCAGCAAAGAAGGAAACAGCUGCCGGGGAAGUGUGCGAUGCUCCGCACUGUCGAGAGUCCGUUAAGCGGACUUCGAGCUUGAGUGGUGUUCCCUUGAGCGUGCAUGUGAAUGCAGUCGGCAGCUGUGCCGAUGCCGAAUUCCUUCGGGCUAGAUUGCAACUUAAACGACGAUCCGAUCCAAUAUGUCAUGGGAAUCCCGUGUGCACUGGCACAUCUGGGGUUAGUGCUGAGGCGAGCCGUGCCAUUGAGAUGGCAGGCCCCGAGACCCCUUCGGGUUUAGAUCCUUCAGGAGCUGUGACUACGAAGACAGUUGCUUCGUCGACCAAGGCGGAGGAGACACCUAACCGACCUGCCUCAUCCGAGGCUCUGGCUCGAGAGCUCCUACGCAUAACCCGCUUCGAUGCUGCCAGCUGUCUUCGCUUGUUGGACUUGGUACCUAAGGAUAAGUCUUUGAGGACUUCUCAAGCUCAGACCUCAGAAGGUGGAAAGCUUGGUUUCGGCUUUUAUGUUCGCGCAGGGGAGGCCUGUGUGUUCAACAGCUGUUCCAACAUGCCGAUGGUCUGCCGCUACUUGACAUCUCUUGUUCGUGCAGUUGAUCCGACGCUCGAGUUUGGAGCCUUACAGCUUCUUUUCAAUGUCCAGUCGGGUUUUCAUCUUGACAAGUUCAAUGAAAAGGGUUCGCGCAGCUUGAUCAUUCCGCUGACCGAUUUCGUUGGCGGCCAGGUGUGGACUCGCGAUGAAUCUGGCGAUGCCACUUACGACCAUAAUGGGGUUAGUCUCAGGGGUUGCUUGAUGGAUGUUGCAUCAGGCCCAGUCAAGCUUGAUCCGUCGGUGCACCAUGCAGUCAUGCCUUGGCAAGGAAAUAGGAUAGUCCUUAUCGCAUACAUGCCGUCGUUCUCGGAGCGACUUCCCACCGACAGUCGAUCUCUCCUAUCUGAGCUGGGAUUUGUUUUCCGCAAUCUCAAUUCAGGUGCCACUGUCAAGCUCCGUGACAUUCGCAUGGUCACUCAGGGCCCUCCUGCUCCAGGAUCUACGCGGCCCCUGACGGCCGAGGUACCGCUUGUUCUUGAGCAGUGCUCUGGGCACGCAGUGUUGUCUCGGGUUGCUGAGAAUUUGGGUUUUCAGGCCUUGUCGAUUGAUAGCAAUUCUUCCAGGGCUCCUGGAAAACAGAUCAUGCGCCUUGAUCUCGCUGACGCUGAUAAUAUCGAUUACCUCUGUGAGCUAGUUGAGUCCGAACGGAGUCGGAUUGCUUUGAUUUUCAUUUCGCUUCCUUCAGGAACUGCAAGUGUUCAUCGGGGCAAGCACAUUGAAAAGUGGGUUCGCCAAGGUUUCCAGUUGCCUUCUGCUCUUCGGAGUUCAGACUACCCCGAUAUGUUGCCCGGGCUCUCUGGGUCUGACCGCCGCCGAGUGGAAGAGGCUAACCAACUGUACUUUGAAGUCGGGCGCCUGGUUCAAUUUGCUUGUUCCUUAGGACUCCUUGUGGCUCUUGAGAACCCUGACAGCUCGCUCUUUUGGCAAACUUCUUUCUUUCGUGGUAUUGAACAAGUUGCCAAGGGCUUUUUGACACGUUUCCAUUUGUGCUGUCAUGGUGGUGAGCGGCCACGUCUCUUGCGAUUAUGGGCUUCUCAGGAUGUGUUCGCCCCCCUGGAGGCUAGGUGCGAUGGCUCGCAUCAGCAUCUUCCUUGGAAACCCCGUCUCGUGGGACGCCAACUGCGCUUUACUACGGCUGAUGAAUCCACUUAUCCGACCGCCCUGUGCCAUCGGUUGCUGUCUCUGGUGGCGGUGCAUUGUGGUUUGCCGCUUCACCUGCCAGAGUCGGCUUCUGGAAUCCCACUCAGUCACAAAGCUACCAGGAUUGCAUUAGGCAUUCAGCCACGUGGCAACGCGUUCGGUCCCCUCGUGGCUGAGUUUUCGCAUUUUCUUUCAUGCUUUUGUCCUUCGUCGAAGCCUCAUCUUGCCGAUGCCUAUUUGGCACAGCUGCCUAAAGGUUCUCGCAUAGUCCGUAGGCAGGUUUUGAGGUCGGGGGAAUUUUCUCAGGCCGUCGAACAUUGCGAGCAUUGCAUCUUUCUUGAAGUGAAUGAUCCGAGAUCGCACAGCGGUGUGUUGCCAUCGGUUGAGCUUUGCAGCGUAGGCAUCCCUUGCGAGCCGGAUGAAUUCAUAAGAAGGGCCGUAGAAGUGGGUCACCCUCGCAGUCUUGAUUUUCACCUGGAGGAGGAAGUCAGUAAGGCCGUACGAUCCAACUUUGUGGACGAUGCAUCGGAGCUGGCUCGCUUUAGGAUUUCCUUUGUCAAGAAGUGGAGUGCACGUGCCCAGGAGCUUCAACCAGCUGAGGAUAAACUUCAUUCUGACAUGCCCGAUUAUUUGUCCGAGGUGCUACGUGGCAAGCGGCUCUUGUUAUUCAAAGAGAUGAUGACAGCCGCGGGCUGCAGUGAUGAACACUUGUUCCGGGACAUUGCUUCGGGUUUUCGGAUUUCAGGGUGGAUGCCUGUGACAGGUAAUACGGCUCCCAAGGUCCGGGCUCCAAAGAUGUCUUCCACCUCUCUUAGGUUGUUGGCCCCGGGUUUAAAUAAAACUGUCUUUUCCAAGCUUGCUAGACGACAGGACGAGGAGCUUGAGCAGACAGUUUGGACCGAAACUCAAAAGGAGAUUGACGCCUGUUGGGUUUGGGUCGCCACAGAAUUCUCAGGCCGUAGCAUCACCAUGCGCUUUGGCAUUCGCCAGGGAGGCAAAGUAAGGUUGAUAGACGACUGCACCAUUUCUUGCUUGAACCUUACCGUGGGCUUGAGGGAGAGGUUCGAAUUGCACACGAUAGACAAGCUUGCCGCAGUUCUUUCCUGUGCUUUAGAAUGGGCCCCUGCCGGCCAUCUGAAUCACUGGGUUGGAAGAAAUUAUGAUCUCAAGUCGGCCUACAAACAGUAUGGCAUUCAUCCAGAUGACCGUGAUCUGGUUCGCAUUGCCGUCAAUCGGCCUGGGCAAGAUUCGCCGGAGAUUCUGGGCUUGAACGCCCUCCCCUUCGGCUCUGAUAACACUGCUUGGGCCAUCGAAAGCUUGUUUGACCUUUUGGGCAUCUCUUUUGACAGGUCAGGUCGCAAGGCUGUGGAGCAUGCUGCAGUUUUCGGUACGCUUGGUCUGCAAGUAGAUUUGUCCCACUCAGCAGAGCGCCGGGUGCUCAUUGGUCACACAGAAAAGCGGAAAGAUGAGCUUGUGGAAUCCUUGAAUGGCAUAAUGGAUGCCGGGAGCAUUGAGCCUAGAUCUUUCGAACGCCUGCGUGGGCGCAUGGUCUUCUUUGAAGGUUACAGCUUCGGCCGUGUCAGCAAUCAGGCUAUGCGCACUUUGGCGCGUGCAAGCAAAUCCAGUGUCACUUUCGAGUUGGGCCUGAGGCAUAGAGCUGCGCUUCAGGUUCUUCUUGACCGUGUAUCUUCGUCAGCUCCUUUGAUUGUUCAGCCGCGUAUCAGGUCCACUUGGAUCCUUUUCACUGACGGAGCUUGUGAGCCAGAGCGACAGUGGGGAGGUAUAGGGGGGGUUCUUAUCUCCCCGAACGGAUCUUGUGCAGGAUACUUUGGAGAGGAAGUGCCGUCAUCCCUUAUGCAUGAUCUUCUCGCUGCUUCGAAGAAUCCGAUCUUUGAGCUCGAGCUUGCUCCUUUGCUCAUCGCGUAUGAGCUCUGGGGAAACUUGUUUGAGGGAUCACAGCUGGUGUGUUAUCUUGAUAACGAGGGCGCGCGGCACUCUUGCAUCCGUUGCUUUGCUGACUCAUCUGAGCCAUCGGAUUUGUGGGUGCAGAAGAUUCUUGAGCUCGAGAUGCAGUCUCGAGUGCAUGUGUGGUACGGCCGCGUACCCACUUCCUCGAACAUUGCCGAUGGUCCUUCGCGGCUGACCUUUGGUGCAGUCGAGCACAUGUGCAGGUACAGGUCACGUCCUUCGUUGGCCACUCUCCUUUCAAGAAGGGGGUGA